GCAAACCAGAAACCUUGCUUUGCAUCUUUCCCUUAUCAAUUAAUCAAUCAGUCCAUUAUGUCUUCCGGUGUUGCAGUCAAUGAGAAGUGCUUGGAGGUCUUCCAGGAAUUGAAACUUCGCCACAAGUACAAGUUCAUCAUCUUCAAGCUCUCUGACGAUAACAGGGAAAUCAUUGUUGAGAACGCUGCCGAGACUGGUGAAUACAGUACUUUCGUCAGCCAACUUCCCGAAGAUGAACCUCGUUAUGCCAUUUACGAUUUUGAGUAUGAGAAGCCUGGCGAAGGCUUGCGAAGCAAGAUUGUCUUCUAUGCCUGGACCCCUGAUACGGCCAAGGUUCGUGCCAAGAUGUUGUACGCUUCUAGCAAGGAUGCUCUUCGCAGAACUCUUGUUGGUAUUGCUAUCGAGGUCCAGGGCACUGACUUUUCUGAGGUUGACGAGGAAGCUGUCCUUGAGAAGGCACAGCGAUCAAACUAAAGAGAAAGAAAGCCAUGACUUUUUUUUUCUUCAAGUCUUUUACCUAUUAUUUGUUCUGCUAUAAAAACUUCUUUUACUCCUUUUUAUGUUCAUAGAAGGGAUAAAAUUUGGAAUGAUUUU